UUCUGGUUAGCAGUUCGAAGGAAAUCAUGUGGAGCCUCGUUAAGCUCAGUUUCCUCCUAUCCACCGUCUUUCAUUCGAUCGCGGCAGAGUUCCAAAACCCUUACCAUCCGGUGGCCGCCCUGUUCGGUCCAAAGAACAAAUUCGUGUGCAAUGCCGUUGUCUUGGCCCGGGGUCGAAUCCUAACCACCGCCGAUUGCCUGUUCCUGCAGAAAAACAAAACCUAUGCGCUGGGAAAGCCCGAGGAGUUUCACGUGGCUCUCGAAACUCACUCGAUCGAGCAGUUUCAGAAUGGGAAAGCCUUUGCCAAAAGUUCAAAAUGGAAGUACUUGGAAAAGAUGCACCAAAAGUUUAGUGUGAAGUACGAUAAUAAGUUCGGGAAUAAUCUGUUCUCCGAUAAGCUGAAGGCCGAGGAGGAAAACUAUUUGAUGAAAGCGCUGCGGUCCGGUGGAAUCGAUCCCAAGGGAAGGACUAACUACGUUCAAGUGCUGAACUUUUCGAUCCACCCAGGGUUCAGAGGACCGUUCAGUAACGACUUGGCAGUGUUGGAUAUUCCGGAUGCAUAUCCAGCUGAUAAUUCAUCGGUCGUUGAAAUGUCUAAUGUGAAUGUUGAAUCGGCCUUCAAUCGGGUUGUUCAAGUACAUGGCUUUGGAGUAUUGAGUCACGGAGCAAAUGAGACCAAUAGAAUGGCGUAUUUUAAGGUGCGAACGGUAGAGAUGUACCUUAUUCCACCAGCUCGUUGUCAGUCUGACCUAGGGGAUCUGUUCGAACGCGAUCAACAUAUGUGUUUGAAACCGAAAUCGAAUGAAACGUUGUGCUUUGGAUUUACCGGGGCACCGAUAGUUCUGGAUGGAAAGCUGAUCGGAAUCGUUGAAUUUGGCCAUCAAAGCUGUAGUCUGGAGGCACCGGUCGUAGGAAUCCGUUUGGAUGCUUUCGGUGACUUUCUGGGUCUGAAGCCUUCCGGUUUCCUGGAUCGUAUUCGUGAUGCAUUUCGAAACUUGAUUGAACGUUUGAUGGGCGUUCGUUUGUAGGAUGAUGAGAAUCUUCUAAUAAAUAUACAUCUAUUGUAUACAUUGACCUUUUUCAGGAAGGUAUUGAUGCUACCCUCAUUUUCAACUUUUUUUAUUUUGGCAAAA